AUGGCUACUCCGGCUGCGCUACCCCCACUGCCUUUCAACCCUUCCCGGGUUCGAUCAUAUCUUGUGCGGCUACCGUUAUUCACGCGACUGGUGCUUUUGGUGAUUCUGGCAUUCUGGUUACUCGAAUUUCAGACAAUCUGGAACGUGGUGGAAUGGGGCUCCCUCACCCCAGACCUGAUUAACCUCGGAACCAUGUAUCGCCUGAACACUUUUCCCAUCAUCCACACUGGUUUCUUCCACGCCGCGUUGAAUGCUCUGGCAUUGACCCCUCUCUUGGAACGCUUCGAGGCGGAGCAUGGUACCCUCACAUCCAUCGCGCUCUUUGUCGGACCGCUGUCGACUUUCCCGGCCGGUCUUUAUCUGCUGUUCGAGAAAGCCAUUUUGCACAGGAAUACACCCGUGAUUGGUGCCAGUGUCUGGGUCUUUUUGCUUCUGGGCUCUGAGGCCAUUCGGACGUACAAGACAAACCCUCACUUCAGCCUUGGGCCUUACAAGAUUCCCACUUGGACCUCGCCCUUGUUUGCCUGCGUUGUUCUUUCGAUUCUUGUUUCCAACGUGAGCUUCCUCGGCCACCUGUGCGCCAUUGCUGUAGGCUACCUCUUCGGUCUUGGGUAUCUCAAGGUUUUUGUGCCUCCGGAGAAGGUCCUUCGCUGGAUCGAAGGCAAGCUCAAUCUCCUGGGCCGCCUGCCUCACUAUAUUUCAGUGGACCAGAAGACUUUUGGACGUGGUCUGCUUCGCCUGGCGUACAUUCCCCUGUGCAUCUGCUUCGAGGACCUUCCCUCUCGAAACGACGCCUCUCAAGGACGAAGCACUGAUAUUGAGGAAACACCAGCUGCAAUCCGUAAUCUACGGAAUAAACCUGACGUCCUUUUCGUGCGCCUCCCGAAUAUUCUCUCCUUUCUCUGUAUCGUUGUGGGCGUCGUGUGGCUCCUGCUUCUCCCCUUGAACGAGUACUCCCGAAACACCUACAUCUCCGAGAAUGCGCUCUUACCCGGCCAAGUACACGCUUACUUUACCGGGAGUGAGCAAAACAUUUUCCGAGGCUACAAGAAGGAGCUGGAAGUGCUCCUGAAAGAGGGGCGUGAGGAAGGAAUCUCGCAAGAUGAGACCGUGACACCAGCGGCGCACAACAAAGUACACUCAAUCCUGCAAGCUGCGGGAUUGAAAGUUGCGACACAGAAAUACGAGUAUACGUCGGCAGGUAUUACCCAUCAGGGCGAGAACAUCUAUGGUAUUAUCCACGCGCCACGAGGCGACGCUACCGAGGCAAUCGUGCUCGUCGCGGCAUGGAAGACUGCAGACGACGAAUUGAACCUGAAGGGUGUCACACUGGCCUUAACACUGGCCAGAUACUUCAAGCGAUGGUCCCUUUGGUCCAAGGAUAUUAUAUUCCUCUUCACUCCCGACAGCAAAUCAGGAACGCAGGCAUGGAUUGACGCCUACCAUGACCUACAGCCCGCGUCCGUUCAACCACUGCCGUUGAAGAGUGGGGCAUUGCAAGGCGCACUGGUCAUCGAAUUCCCUUUCGAGCAUAACUUCAGAUCACUACACGUUGUCUAUGAUGGCGUGAAUGGCCAAUUGCCAAACCUCGACCUGAUCAACACAGCCGUCGCCAUUGCAGGCGGCCAAAUGGGCAUGGGAACCAACCUACAGGAAAUGUGGGAGCACGAUGACAGCUACCAGGCACGUCUCAAGACUAUCCUGCGUGGUAUGACCAAACAAGGUCUUGGCGCUGCUACCGGUGCCCACAGCAGCUUUAUGCCUUACCACAUUGAUGCUAUUACUCUGCAGCCCAAGGGCGAGGGAUGGGAGGACGAAAUGGCACUCGGCCGAACUAUCGAAAGUCUGUGCCGUAGUCUGAACAACUUGUUGGAGCACCUGCACCAAAGUUUCUUCUUCUACCUGCUUAUGCAGACGAACCGUUUUGUUAGCAUUGGAACCUACCUGCCUAGCGCGAUGCUGAUCGCAGGGAAUUUUACGAUCAUGGCGAUUGCCCUGUGGAUGCGCACGGGCUAUUACUCGGACUCGAAGACCGGUGCCCCCGCCGAGAAGUCGAAGUCGACGAGUGAGCAGUCAUCGAUUACGAAGGGUCAGGCCAUGACAGAUGAGAAAAUCAAGGGAACCCCCGUCGCAGAGCGUCUCAUGGCUAUGCCACUUACCCUAGUCAGCGGUCUUCACCUGCUUGGUCUUGUACCGCUUUGGAUGUUCAAUACCCUUUCCCACCAGAACUUCACAACUGCCACCUACGCCUUCGUCGUCGUAGAUGUCGUUCUUCCAUUGCUCCUCGCGGCUCUGCUCUCCAGUGGCCUAGGUCUAUCCGCACCCAUCGUCCCGCAACAAUACCUCCUAAUCAAGUCUUUCACGCUUCUCCUAUUGGGACUGUCGCUUUCGACUCUGGCGACCCUCAACUUCUCCCUUUCUUUCAUGGUCGGUCUUUUGUGCGCCCCUCUUAGCUUCGUCGUUCGCCUUCAGAGUCCUUCGGCGCCGGUACGGAUUGCUGUGUCCACUAUUGGACUUUUGUUGUUGAACCUGCUCUCCCCUCCUAUGGUUCUUUUGGGAGUGUGUUGGUACACUGGUGCGUCCGUGGAGUCUGUCAUGACUCAAGCCGCCUUUGGAUGGGAUGUGUGGGGCAUGUGGACGCAGGUCGUGGUAUGGUGUGUGUGGUGGCCAGCCUGGUUGAUCGGCUGCGUGUUGUUAGGAUCAUCCUUGUUUUAA